CGUGACUGUGUCAACCGUGAGAACUAAAAAAUAGGAAAGGGGCGUUUGCAUGUUUUGAGUUUUGGGUAACUCGUUAUCUAAUUCAUUGUUUUGUUAUCCCUUUUCAAAUCAGUAAAAUGAUUCGCUUUAUAUUAAUUCAAAAUAGGGCUGGCAAAACCCGUUUAGCCAAGUGGUAUAUGAAUUUUGAUGACGACGAGAAACAAAAAUUAAUUGAAGAAGUUCAUGCUGUUGUUACUGUUAGAGAUGCGAAACACACAAAUUUUGUUGAAUUUCGUAACUUUAAAAUUGUGUAUCGACGUUAUGCUGGAUUGUACUUCUGUAUUUGUGUUGAUGUAGGUGAUAACAACCUCGCCUAUUUGGAAGCUAUUCAUAAUUUUGUUGAAGUAUUGAAUGAGUACUUUCACAAUGUAUGCGAAUUGGAUUUGGUUUUCAACUUCUACAAAGUCUACAGCGUUGUGGAUGAAAUGUUUUUGGCCGGCGAAAUUAGAGAGACGAGUCAGACGAAGGUGUUAAAACAACUUCUAGUGUACAAUUCUCUGGAAUGACGUGUUCUGCUGGAAUUGAAAUACUUAGCAAGUCUCGGUGUUUAUGUGUGUCAAUGUAAUAUGUAGAGAACGGGAAAAUUGUUGUUUCGAAACUUUAUUCUUUAAAUAUUUAUUUAUAGCAUUAUCCAAAGUUAUGUGAUAAAAUAUGCAUUUUUCUUAACGAAUUUUACGUUUUAUAACGACUGUUUUCAUAUGUUCGAAGUCAAAAUUUAGGCUUAGAUGAAUGGUUCAUUUUUUUUCUGUGAAAAUCUCAAAUAAAUUGAAAUGUUUUCACUUGUAAGUUGAAAAUUUGCAAAUGUAUUGUUGAUAUAUGCUUGUUUAACAAAGGCUCUGUAAAUACCUCAACACUAAAUAAUGUCAUGCUUAACCAGAAAAAUCCAUGUAGCUAUUUCCGAAUAAUUACAGUGUCUUACCUAUGGUAAAAAUAUUUGACAAUUUUGUACAGUAAAGAAAAUGUGGAUUCAUGCUUAUAUUUGUUUUGUAUCAAAAGUUACAGAUAUUAAAGUUAAUACUAGUAUGUAGUGUAUAUUAAAUGUGUGAAAUAUCAAUAAUAAAUGCAUUCCAAGAUAUGUA